AGCGAAGCUCUUUUGUAAAGUUCAACAGUCCGCGCAAUCUGCCAAAAGCAGACCAGAAAAUUAGGGAAGCUUCACGUUCAACCCCCGUCUUGUCCUUCGCCUGUCGCUUCCUCCCCCACCCCCCUCCCUCUCUCUCUCGCUCUGCGCGAGCUGAAGUGGAUGCUCUUCCCCAGAGAAACGACGACGCAAUCUGAUCGAUCCCACAGCGCGGCACCACGCCACGCGUUGAAUGCGGGGAAGCGUCCACUUCGUCUUCUCUCUCAGGUCCCCUCCCCCCCUGCUCGGAGCCCGUCCGGACAUUCGCCCCCCCUCCCUUCCUCUUCGUCGAAACGGUGAUCGCGCGAUGUCGGGGUCGCGAACGGCAGCUCCAGGUUCCGGCGGCCAGGCCCGCGAGCGAUGCUGAUCCGUUCCAGCUCUGGUCAACGCAUUCGGAGUCCUGAUUCUGUGGUCGGAUACUGAUCGGAGGUCGGUUGGUUGCCUUCGUUUUCCUUGGGCGUCGGAGUUCCGGUUCGCUUCUCGAAUCUGGGGUUUUCUUGCGGAGAGCUGACUGAGCUGCCGGCCAGCUUCGGAGUCGGAGAUACGGACUGCUUUUGCCGGUCGGCCCCCGGAAGGGUCCGGUUGCGGGUUCCGGUGGAGAGAUGGAGGCGAGGAUGAAGAAGUAUCGGCAAGUGAGCCCGGAGAGGGCGAAAGUGUGGACGGAGAAGUCGCCCAAGUACUUUCAGAGCAGGAAAGUGCCCGUGGUUUACUAUCUCUGCAGGAAUCGCCAGCUUGAGCAUCCUCAUUUCAUUGAAGUGCUUAUCUCCUCGCCCGAAGGACUCUAUCUGCGAGAUGUGAUUGAUAGGCUGAAUGUUCUUCGAGGCAGAGGAAUGGCAUCUACGUAUUCGUGGUCCUCUAAGAGAAGCUACAAAAAUGGUUUCGUUUGGCAUGAUCUAUGUGAAGAUGACUUGAUCCUUCCAUCUAAUGGAAACGAAUACGUCCUCAAAGGCUCAGAGCUCUUUGAUGAGUCUAAUUCAGAUCGUUUCAGUCCUGUCGUGAAUAUCAGCACCAGGAAUUUGAAGCAAUUGCCAGCUCCACCAUCUUCUAGAAGUCAAGACGAUUCAUCAUCAUCUUCAAGCAUGAAUGGAAAAGAAGCAAAACACUCCCAAGAGGAUGAACAUUCUUCUCCAGUUCAUCACACUGAUUCCACUGAUGUUUCACCACAGUCAAGAAAUGGAAAAGGCUCCAGUUGGAAUGGGUCUCUGAGCUUGACGGAGUACAAGGUGUACAAGAACGAGGGGUUAGCUGAUGCAUCAACUCAGACUGAAGAAAACAUAAGCAGAGGUAAAACCAGAGAAACUUGUACUAGAGGAGUCUCUACUGAUGAUGGCUCAACCGAACGUGAAUGCGAUGAAAGUUGCCAAACUAAGGCCUCUUGCUUGAAGGAGACCUCCGAGAUUUCUAGUGGUGCGGUUUCCCCUCCUCCCACAUCCUCUAGUGCUUCUUCAUCAGGUGGAAAGACUGAAACUCUGGAAUCAUUGAUUAGAGCUGAUGCUAGCAAGAUGAAUAGUUUUAGAACUCUUCAAGAGGAACAAAUCCGAUUGCCGACCAAUGCAAGGCUCAAAGCUACCAACAUGUUGAUGCAAUUAAUCUCGUGUGGAUCAAUAUCAGUGAAAGACAACACCUUUGGCUUAAUCCCAACUUACAGGCCACGAUUUUCCCAUUCAAAAUUUCCAUCUCCUUUGUUUUCUACAUCAUUGAUGAUGGGGGAGCUUGAUUGCUUAUCAGAAAAUCCACGGUUGAUGGGCAUAAGGCUGGAAGAUAAGGAGUAUUUCAGUGGCAGCUUGAUUGAGACCAAGUUUCUCCGGGAGGAUGGAGAUGGACUUAGCUCUCUGAAGCGUUCCUCUUCCUACAAUGCCGGCAGGUCUGGUAAGCAGUUAGGUUCGGCUGGGGAAAGUGAGAAUGGACGGUCAAAAUGCAUACCCCUAUCGAUUAAAGCUUCAAUAGCUAAACAACCUCGAAGUGAGUCUAUGAGAUCCCCUCUCUCCGAUAAACCAAGAAUUUCUUCAGACAGAGCAGAUAGCUCCAGAACAUUAUUUGCCAAUUCAUCAAAUGGUAAUAGUAGAAGAAUCACCGAGCCUUCCCCAGGGAACAAACCGUCAAAGAGAGACUCCGCCCCGGAGGAUGAGAAAGUGACAAAAAUCGAAGAAAGGCUUGCUUCAGGAGCACGGGUUAUAAUCCAAUCGAAAGCACCUUCCCACAUCGAGGUAGGCAGCUGUUAAAGAGACUCAUAGACCAUCGAAACGUAAGAUGUACUGUUUCCACAUUGCCUCUGCUUGUGUGUGAAGCAUGUGAAUCUUUCAGAAAAGCUUAAUUUGAAUUUUGAAUGCUACCCGAAUUGAGUUGGCGGGCCCUCUUAAUGAUACUGUACAUCUGGAAAGUUGAGAGAAAAAAGAGGAGAGAAGAAAAGGUUUCAUGUGUAUUGGGGGGACGAAGACUGGUAAUGUUGAGCAAAUUUUUGGGUUCAGCUUUAUAGAAAGUGGGUUCUCUCUUUUCGGCAUUUCCUCAGUUACGGUGCUUCCACAGUGCUGCAUUACCUCCUAGGACUGUUCCUCCCCAGCAAAUCCAAUGAGAACAGCUGCAUUGUCUUGAGACUCUUACACAACAAAAGCAAAUACAUCGUUUAUUGUUCUGGGCAUCAUUGGAUGAAGAUGCUUUAGAUAUGAAAUGCAUCAUUGGAUUUUUUUUCUUUCUGCAUGGAUGAGCAUGAUUAGAUGUGGAGAAUCAUUGAAACAUCCCCAUCAUUUACAAUCGAGACACAACCAUGUGGGAAACCAAAAGGGAGGCAGGAAAA